AUGUUGAACAAGGUUUCCGUCCACCAAAUGGUUAGAGUGUACAAUGAUGCCGUCGCCGUCCAUCUCGAGCGAUUUGAUGCCUUGAACAGUGCACUCAAGUCCAGUCGCCGCGUGUGCGUCAGCCACCAAGAUAUGCGCGCUCCCGGCAAUCCCGCUCGCGCGCAGCUUAGCCAUAGCAUCCUCGCGCGUCCGCGAUUCGAGUACCGCGCGCAGGCCCAGGUGCACCGGGAGCAUACCGGGGUUGACACCGCGCGCCUUGAUCGCGUUGAGGCACACGCCGACCCCGCACUCGUUGAGGCCGAUUUUGCCAAUCACGCCUGCUUCCGUCACCAUGGAGAACCGCGGGAUCUCGGUCCCGGGUUGGCUGAUGUGGCACACGAGGAGAUUUGGCGCCUGCUCCUUCAUCCAGUCCCAGUUUUGGGCCAAGAGCAAUGGUCCGCCGGGUGA